CCAGAGGAGGAGAGCAGCAGCACCUCCUGUCUCCUGUUCAUAGGCGCUCGUUGACACGACUGCAACUUUUUCGUCUUCCUCCGCCUCGCUCCCUCACAGUCCCCACGCACCUCCCUCCGCCCCCCGACGGGAUCCCAGGGUGGAAGACAUCAUCAGGCGGCUCUGCAGGCUGGAGGGGCCGGUCAUCCCUGCAUGGGCGGCGCUCAGACGGGAGCGCGGAGGGUGUUUUCCUCCUUUAAAAGCGCCGGACUGAGCCGGCCCACAUGACACACCGCGCGGCGUUAUCGACUCGAGGAGAGAGAGAGAGACACCUCUGAAGGCGCGCGCGCGCAUCACCUGAGCAGCUGUCAUCCGUCCGUCCUCCUGCAGCCCGCCGGCGCAUGAAGGAGAUCUGCCGCUGGAGAAAGUUGCGCAGCGCUUGUUGAAUGCAGGAUAUCAUCCGGCUGAAGUCCAAGUUCAGCUCCGGAGCGCACUCCCCACAUCUGUCACCGCCGAAAUGAAGUCUGCAGAAGAAGAUGCUUACAGCUACGCCCCAAAUGUCAGUCUGGCUCUUCCAAUAGGUGUAGCAAACACCUGCCUGGCUACCCAGUACCAUACCUUACAGUCCAGUCCUGUUAUCUCAGUUUCCUCCUGCCAUCAGACUGGCUACAGUUUGCAAAAUGACAAUCACGCAGCAUCAGGCUACUACCUGCCACCAAGUUUAAGACCCAACGGAGCUCCUGCCCUUGAAAGCCCUCGUAUUGAGAUCACAGCUUACAGCCAAUACCCGGAAGAUGAGGUGGAAGAGAGCAGCAGUGAGGACCGUGUCAUCAAGCGAGGGGUCAACUCUAUCGUCACCUUGACACUGCCGAAUGCUGAUGGUUAUCGAGAUCCCAGCUGCCUCAGCCCUGCCAGUAGCAUAUCAUCACGCAGCUGUAACUCAGAAGCAUCAUCAUAUGAGUCUGGCUUCUACAACUAUGACAAUUCCCCACAAAACUCCCCUUGGCAGUCGCCCUGUGUUUCUCCCAGAGGGUCAUUCUCACUUCUGUCAUGUCCACAUGCACUCGGCCCUGCAGGUUCCCCUCACCACUCCCCAUCCACGUCCCCCCAGAUUGGGGCUGUGGCAGAGGAAGGCUGGCCAGCACAACCUCGAGGCUCCAGGCCAAAUUCUCCCUCCUGCAGUGGAGGUGGUGCAGGCAGCAGUGUCAAUAUGGGAAAGAGAAAGUACAGCUUCAAUGGCUCCUCUUACCGCCAGGCAUCCCCCAACCAGUCACCUACACCCUCCCCACAUGGAUCACCCCGCAUCAGUGUCACAGAUGACAGCUGGCUAACUAACACCAACCAGUACACCAACUCUGCCAUUGUUGCUGCCAUAAAUGCUUUGACCACAGAUGGAGUGGUGGACAUGACAGAGGGAAUCCCAAUCAAGACACGCAAGACUAUGCUGGACAUCUCAUCCUCCAUGAGCCUGAAGGUGGAGCCCAGUGACGAGGAGCUGGCUGAUGGGGAGCUCUGUCAUGAGGAGUAUCCUUCUCGCCUGGCUCUUAAGAAGGAGAACUUUCAUGGAGGGUUCCUGGAUGUGCCCCAGCAUCCCUACUCAUGGCCUAAACCCAAGCCCUACCUCAGCCCUUCCCUGCCAGCCCUCGACUGGCAGUUGCCGUCCUGCUCUGGCCCGUACAACCUGCAGAUCGAGGUGCAACCCAAAUCUCACCACAGGGCCCACUAUGAGACGGAGGGCAGCAGAGGAGCAGUGAAGGCCCCAUCUGGAGGACACCCCGUAAUACAGCUUUAUGGCUACAUGGAAAGCGAGCCGCUCACCCUGCAGCUCUUCAUAGGGACCGCAGACGACCGCCUCCUGCGACCACAUGCCUUCUAUCAGGUCCAUCGCAUCACCGGCAAAACUGUCUCCACCGCCAGCCAUGAAGUUAUGCAAUCCAACACCAAAAUCCUGGAGAUCCCUCUGCUGCCUGAAAACAACAUGAGAGCUAUAAUCGAUUGUGCUGGAAUCCUGAAGCUACGUAAUUCCGACAUAGAGCUACGCAAAGGAGAAACAGACAUCGGGCGCAAAAACACUCGUGUCCGAUUGGUGUUUCGGGUGCACAUCGCGCAGCCCAACGGCAGGACGGUGUCCCUACAGACCGCCUCCAACCCCAUUGAAUGCUCCCAGCGCUCAGCUCAGGAGCUUCCAUUGGUGGAGAAGCAAAGCUUGGACAGCUACCCCGCCACCGGAGGCAAGAUGAUGCUUCUCAGCGGGCUCAAUUUUCUCCCCGAGUCCAAGGUGGUGUUUGUGGAGAAGGCACAGGAUGGACACCAUCUGUGGGAGGCAGAAGCCAAAGUUGACAAAGACUCCGUCAAAUCCAGCACUAUUGUUGUGGAGGUCCCACCAUACAAGAAUCAAAGAAUAUCCAGUCCCGUGCAAGUUAACUUCUAUGUGUGCAAUGGAAAGAGGAAGAGGAGCCAAUACCAACGCUUCACCUACCUGCCGCCAAAUGUGCCGAUAAUAAAGACAGAACCCAAUGAUGACUAUGAUUCUCUGGGGUCUGUUGGGCUCUCCUUGCAUUCAAAGCACUACUAUGGCCAGCCCAGACUCAAUUCAAUCAUGCCGGUGGCCGAUCCUGACGCCUGUCUGGUGGCUGGCUACCCUCCUUGUCUGCCUAGUCAUGCUGCCAUAACAACGUCAUCUGCCAGCUCCAGUCCUACGCUCCAUGACCUGUCCCCUGUAGCGUACAACAAAUGCCUCUCAAGCAGUCCCACCAAUGGAGCCCCGCCAGCCCCCAUUGUGCUCCCUAUUCCGGAGACGACCGUCUGCCCUAACCUUCCCCAUCCAACCCCGCAGGACCCCAACCCCUCUUUAGGGAUGCUUGAUUCUCAGGGCAGCCCUAUUCACCUCAACAGCCCUGGACCCCAUAGUUAUCAUCCUAUCUAUGCCAACAGCAGCUCCUCGUCCUCCCCAGUGUCCCACCCUUCCACACCAAGUGGAGCUGCAGAGAGUCCGUUUGCUCAAUCCUACAGCCCCAGUCCCACACAAGUAGCAGCCAGCUCGACCCAAGCUGGAGGGAGCCCAGCCAGUCUGCUUCCUGAGGAUGCCAGUCCCAUAUCAGCUGCCAUCACCGUCAAGCAAGAACCUCAGGAACUGGACCAGAUGUACCUAGAUGAUGUGAACGAAAUCAUCAGGAACGACCUCUCCAGCACCUCCGCGCACACUCACGCGUAGACAUCCAGAUGUUUUCUGCUGCAGCACAUGUACACACCCAGACAGAGGCGUCAACCGACGGCAGGCCAGGCGAGCUCGAGAUCCAGAUUAAGAAGAAAAAUAAAAAGGCCUUGACCAGGAUCUCCCCCCUCCUGACCGCCCUCCUUGAUUCAAAGACUCACAGCAGACAAUCACUGAAAAAAAACAGGUGAAUGUUUCAUUUAAAAAAAAAAAAAAAAA